AUGUCUCUAAAGCCUAGCGCGAGGACGGAGGUCCGAAGGAAUAGGUACAAGGUUGCCGUGGACGCCGAUGAAGGUCGCCGGAGGCGGGAGGAUAACAUGGUGGAGAUUCGGAAGAACAAGAGGGAGGAGAACUUACAGAAGAAGCGUCGUGAAGGUCUAACUCCUUCCAUGGCGUCGGCCACCACGCAGCAGGGGCAGGAUUUCUACUCGGAGAAGACGUUGGAAAUAUUAGUUUCUGGAGCUAUGUCGAAUGAUAGGAAGGUACAACUGGAGGCAACAGCUGGCAUCCGCAAAUUGCUUUCAAUUGAGCGAAACCCUCCCAUCAAUGAAGUUGUUCAAUCUGGUGUUGUUCCUCGCAUUGUGCAGUUUCUUUCCUCGGACGACUUCUCCGAGCUUCAGUUCGAGGCAGCUUGGGCGCUCACAAAUAUAGCUUCAGGGACAUCUGAGAACACUAAGGUCAUUAUUGAGAGUGGGGCUGUCCCGUUAUUCAUCCGCCUUCUCUCUUCUCCCAGCGAGGAAGUCCGAGAACAGGCUGUGUGGGCAUUGGGGAACGUCGCUGGUGACUCACCCAAAUGCCGUGACUUCGUCCUAGGUUACGAGCCCUUGGUGCCUUUCCUGGCUCUGUUCAACGAGCAUUCGAAGCUCUCCAUGCUCAGAAACGCUACAUGGUCACUAUCAAACUUCUGCAGAGGAAAGCCUCAGCCUGCAGUUGACAAGACAAAACCAGCUUUACCAAUUCUUGAGCGCCUUUUGCAUUCAACCGACGAAGAAGUUCUCGUAGAUGCUUGCUGGGCCCUCUCGUAUCUCUCUGACGGUGAAAACGACAAGAUACAAGCUGUUAUCGACGCGGGUGUUAUACCUCAACUCGUUCAACUCUUAGGUCAUUCAUCGCCGUCUGUUCUGGUUCCGGCUCUCCGUACCAUUGGUAAUAUUGUAACCGGAGAUGAUAUGAUGACUCAGACGGUUCUGAACAGUCAAGCGCUUCCUGGCCUCUAUAACUUUUUGACAAACACAUACAAGAAGAGUAUCAAGAAGGAAGCUUGCUGGACUAUCUCUAACAUUACUGCUGGAAACGAAAGUCAGAUACAAGAAGUGAUUCAAGCAGGGAUUAUGCAGCCUCUGAUUCAGUUGCUUCAAAACGCUGACUUCGAAAUUAAAAAAGAAGCUGUUUGGGCUAUCUCUAAUGCAACUUCUGGUGGCAAUCAUGAACAAACCAAGUUUCUUGUUGAUGAAGGAUGCAUCAAACCGUUGUGUGAUUUCCUUGCAUGUCCCGAUCCAAGGGUCAUCACAGUGACAUUGGAAGCACUAGAGAACAUACUCAAAGUAGGUGAAGCAGAUAAAGGCAACAAUGGAGACUAUAAUCUCUACGCACAAAUGAUUGAAGAUGCAGAAGGUUUAGAGAAGAUUGAGAAUCUUCAGAGUCACGACAAUGAUGAUAUUUACUCGAAAGCUGUCGAAAUCCUCGCGUUGUAUUGGACGGAAGAAGACGAAGAUGAAAACGACAUUGCUCCUGAGAAUCUUCAAACUUCUGGUUUCCAAUUCGGAACUAUAAAUAACGCUCCUACCGGUGGAUUCAACUUCGGUUGA